AUGGCUGAUGAAGUCGAUGAUGAGCAACCUGAUUCUCCAGUUGUAUUAAAUGGUGACGAUGGUCAAAAACUUCAUUUGUUUAUCAAAGCUGGAAAUGAUGGUCGAUCGAAAGGCGCCUGUCCAUUUUGUCAAGAUAUCUUUCUGAAACUAUUAAUCAAACGCGAAGCUGACAAUGACUUCAGUUUUGAUGUUAUCACCAUCAACUGUAAAAAUCCGCCGAAAGAAUUCAAAGAACUUUCGAAAAAACUGCCCACCUUAGUUCAUGGCGACGUCGUUCUCAAUGACAUCGACGAUAUUGAAGAUUAUCUCGACACAAUAUCUCCGAAUUAUAAACUCGCCGCACAAGAUCCAGAAGCAUUCAAAGUCCAGUCGAACGUUUUCACCCGCUUCACAUAUUUGAUCAAAGAUGUACACAAUAAUCCUCGGAUUUUGUUGGAUGAAUUGGAAAAAAUCGAUAGUUUUCUUCGAACACGAAAUACAAAAUAUAUUUCAUCCAAUCACAUCACAGGACUCGAUUGUUCUCUAUGGCCAAAAUUACAACACAUUCGCGUCGCAGCGGAUUACAUUUUACAUUUAAGUAUUCCGACAGAAUUCGAAGCCGUAUGGGCUUAUCUAGCCGCUGCUUACGAAUUGGACGCUUUCGUUAAGUCGUGUCCAUCCGAUCAAGAAAUCGUCCUACACUGGGUACGUCGCGAAACUUCGCCGCGAGAAUAUCUUCAGUUAACAAAAGACGAUCCGAAAUUUUCAUUCGAUAUUCCUAAAGCACUUCGUUAA